ACCAAAAUUUUCCGAGCCACACAUUUCCUCAGACUAUAUCUUCCUGGUGAGUAACUGUAAAGCCAACCAGAGGAUAAAAAAAGCGGAGCAAAACCCACAGCUCUACAGAGCCUCUUCAGCUAGUUCUCCUAUUUCCCCAUCAGAAAAAUGAUUACGGGAGCAGCAGUAGUAUUGGUGAUAGUUCUAGUAAGAUGGGCUUAUCUGGCCAUUUUUCGACCUCCCCCUCCAAAGAUCUGCGGCACUCCAGGUGGUCCUCCUGUCACCUCCCCAAGAAUCCAGCUUAGAGAUGGAAGGUAUUUGGCUUACAAAGAAGAUGGGGUUCCUAAAGAGAAGGCUAAUUACAAGAUCAUCCUCGUCCAUGCUUUUGAUAGCUCCAAAGAAAACAGCUUUCCUGCUUCUCAAGAAUUGGUGGACGAAUUGGGGGUGUACUUCGUAUCCUUCGAUAGAGCAGGGUAUGGGGAGAGUGAUCCGAAUCCGAAGCGCACGGUGAAGAGUGAAGCCUUUGAUAUUCAAGAACUCGCGGACCAGUUGGGGCUUGGGGAAAAGUUUUACCUGAUCGGAGUUUCCAUGGGGGGUUACCCUACAUGGAGUUGCCUUAAUUACAUUCCACACAGGCUAGCAGGAGCGGCGCUUGUUGUACCAGCAGUCAACUACUGGUGGCGUUCCCUUCCGGCAAAUCUUUCAAAACAUGUAUUUGGGAAACUGUUUGUGGAGGAUCAGAUAACGUUCUGGAUUGCGCACAAUGCUCCAUUCUUGUUGUAUGGUUGGAUGAAUCAGAAAUGGUUUAAGACGUCAGCCAUUGUUGCGGGAAGCCCUAAAAUAUUUACCAAGCAGGAUAUGGAGGUCAUAAAGAAGAGGCAAGCAUACCACGAAUCGAUUGGGUUUCAAAGCAAAGCACGGCAGCAGGGGGUCUUUGAAUCUUUGUACCGGGACCUAAUAGUUCUAUUCGGCGACUGGGAGUUCGAUCCUACUGAAAUUAAAAAUCCAUUCCCGAACAAUGAGGGCUCUGUUCAUCUCUGGCAAGGCUAUGAAGAUAGAAUCGUUCAAGUAGAGCUGCAACGUCAUGUUGCAGAAAAGCUUCCAUGGAUACGUUACCAUGAAAAUCCAGAAGGUGGCCACUUGUAUACAUACGCCGAUGAUUGGGGCGACAAGGUACUCAAGGAACUCCUACUCAGGCAGGAGGCAUCGGACUAACAGAGCUAAUUCAACCAAAAUUUCUCGUUCACUCUUGUCGGCAGGUUAUUACUCGUUUAAUCUGAAGAUGAGGGGAGAAAAAGAGGUGCACUAUAUCAUAAACAUCGGCAGGGAUUUCGCUCAUCUAUUUCGGUUUCUAAAAGUAGAGCUGAUACUUAGUAUAGAUAAUGAUGAACAGCCUGCUCUUUGUAUAUUGACAUGUAUCAAGGUUACGUAUGUUGAACUUUUGGAAUCGGAAGCUUUUCGCUUAUUGUUCAUGGGAUCUGGAACAUGAUUUGUUUUCGAAUAGAAGCCUUUAGUUACCUGGUAUGAGUUCAAGGCAAGACAAGUUCUUUUAAAUUAAAA